ACAAAACCGCCUCUACAUCUAGUCGAUAGUCCUGUCUGCCCUGUCCUAUCCGCAACCACGGGGUCCGUUCAGUUUCUCUUUAGUCUUCAGUCAUCAUCACGCAGGCGUACACCUCGUACUCUCAUACGUUCCCGCGUAAAUUUUUAUAUUUUAAUUAUUAAUAUUUACAGUUUUUUUUUUUUAUUAUUUUGUGAAUUUUUUAUUUUGUUAUUUAUUUUUUUUUUUGUGAAAUUAUUUUUUUUUACUGACAAUGAAGAAAUUAUUUUUGAGUACUUGUCUAUUUUUAUUUCUGGAUCUAACAGUGACAACACCAGCAAUAGGAUCAUUGAAAUUAAAUGACGAGUGCUCGCGAGAUAAAAACUGUGAGAACAUCGAGAACAGCCGUUGUCAUUUGGGAUACUGUCGCUGUCAACCCUUUUACGCUCCAUACAAUGAAACCCGCUGUGUUGAAUCAACGUUAUUAGGAAACGAUUGCUAUGUUUCGGAGCAAUGUUCAAUGAAAGUUGCAAAGAGUACUUGUUUAGAUGGAGUUUGUCAAUGUGAAGAUGGAUAUUUACAAUUUAGAAGGCAUACUUGUUUGACACCCGCAAAACCAGGGCAAGUUUGUUACAGCCACGAUCACUGUCGUCUCUGGGACAGCGACACACACUGUGACUUUUUAAUUCCCGAUUUGUUCGGGCGCUGUCAGUGUACCGCGCCAAUGAAACGUGACGGGGAAAUUUGCCGCCCAAACAAUCUCGUUAUCCCUCCAGUUAAUUCAUCGUAUAAUCCCACGAGCAGUCCAAACAAUUUCUUCGACGAUUCAACGCAAAUAGACUCAGACAGUGUUUUCAGUCAAGGAAACCAACCAGAAAGCAAUAACGAUACCGGUGUACAGAUUUCAUGGCUGAAAAAUGCAACGCGUUUAUUAUCAACAUCUGUGACUCCACGAUUGCCAAUAAAUUUAGUGACACAUCCGAUGUAUCGCACACCGCGGCCUCAUCAUGAAGACACUAAUGAGUUACCAGAAGAUAAUGACGCAGUAAUAAUUGACGCUGAUACGAUAACUGAAUUAAUUCAAACAACAACACCGUCGGUACCAACGAAAGCAGACCGUCAUGAAACAACAACGUCGACUGCAGUAAGUCUUGGACUUGCUUGUAAAAAUGAUCUUGAGUGUCGUAUGGCAGAUGCACAUUCGCGUUGCAUAGACGGAGUGUGUGACUGUGCUAUUCGUGGAAACGGAAGCUUACCAUGUGGUGCAAAAAGAACAGGAUGUCCAGUUGGUACAUUUCAGUGCCGCGGAUCUGGUACUUGCAUCAGUUGGUUCUUUGUCUGCGAUGGGAGACCCGAUUGUGGUGAUGGUUCUGACGAGGAAUGCGCUACCGACCAGUGUCCAAAUCAAGCGUUUAGUUGUAAAAAAAGCAAAGUAUGUAUUUCAAAGGCUGGCCAGUGCGAUGGGAGAAUCGACUGUCCUAAUGGAGAAGACGAAGAAGGCUGCAAAAAUCGACGACGAUGCCCUGAAGGGAGCUUCCGUUGCAACAGUGGACAAUGUUUACCGGCGUAUGAAUUUUGUAAUGCCGUAGUGUCGUGUCGCGAUGGAAGCGAUGAGCCACGUGGUGCGUGUCGCACUCGUUAUCGCGGACGUCUUUCAGCAAGAAAUUGUCCAUUUAGGUGUGCUAAUGGUCAGUGUAGAUCAGACGCUAUUACUUGCAGUGGACGUGAUGGAUGCGGUGAUAAUUCUGAUGAAAUCAAUUGCUCUGUUUGUAAAUGUCCAGCAGUCGCAUAAACUUUCAAAUAAACGGACUAUUUAUUUUUUGUUUAACAUGCCAACGCGUAAAUAAAGAAGACAAGUAAUCAUUUUUUUACUCCAUGAUUUGGUAAAUAUGUAUAUGUGCAAUUAGCAUGUAUGACCAAAGAUAUUAAAUCGAUUCAUUAACUAGACAAAGAAUCUCCAAUUUACGUAAUUUUAUAAAAAAUUAAUAAUAAAUACAAAUUAGUUUUAACAUAUUUGUUACUAUACUUAAAAUUUAUAUUUAAGGAUAUAUAUUAGAUAUAUUUUUUAUACACUAUAAAUCAUAAAUUUUUAUAUAAGAAAUUUAUUUCAACCCAUGACUGAUAUUAAAAAUUAAAAAUUACUAUAAAUUGUUUGCAUAAAUUUAUCGAUUAUUUACUUUUCUGUUUUUUAAAACUUUUCUCUGUCAAUAAAUAAUUGGCAACUUCUAUCCAUAAAAUUUUAGUGUUUAUUGCGACCUACGUCAUCUAUUUCGACUGACAACUAUUUUUAUACAUUUAUAUUUUAUAAAUAAUGUUAAGCAUUGCGAAUAAGCAUUGACAGUAUGACAGUUAUCAUGGGUAAGCAAUGACCCCCUCCCCCCAUGGGAUAUAUCAUAAGCAUAACAACAAACAAUUAUGUUUAAUUAUUUAUAAAAAAUAUAAGCAGUGUAAAGAUUAUAUAAUUUAAAUAAAUCAAUAAAAUUAAUAUUUAUAAGAA